AUGUGCAGGCAGCCUGUCGGGUCACCAGUGUCACACAGGAGCUGCUGAAGGAGGGGUUUCACAGGGACCUGCUGGUGAAGGUGGAGCUGGGGGAGGAAGCAGGAGGAUGUGCAGUAGCAGCUCAGGUGCAUCUGCCACCUGGAAUCUACGUGGAUCCCUACGAGCUGGCAACCCUGCAGCAGCACAACCUGACCAAGGUCAGCUGUCUGCAGAGUGCUGGGAACCUGCUGAAGUGGACACUCCCUGCUCAUCUGACACCACCAGCUCCUGUCAAUGGCACACCACAAAACACACACCUGCAUAUGAAGAAUUGAUGCUGAGGGUUCCUGUGGGGCACAGGGAGCACAGUUCCCUGGUGUGUGCCCUGACCCUGCUCACCACAGGGCUCUGCUCUGGCCUGAUCCUGGCUGCUGCCUGCAAGUAUGGACACUUCUCACAGUGACCUGGCUGAGUUCCCUCCAGCACAGCUAACUGCACAUUGCACUGGGCUCCCGGGUGCAUCCUGCUCUGCUGAUAUUUAUAUCUCAGGGGGUGCAAUGUCCCAUAAUGGGUUAUGGUUCCUUUGGCUCAUCAUGUUUACAAAUGCCUUUCACAGCCCACAAGACAUUUUGGGUGUGUUGUCAAUAUCCAAAGCAGAUGGAAAGUAGGAAAAAGGCUCGAAAAGCUGAAAGCACUGCUGUGGGCAAUGAGGCAACAAUCAGGAGUGGGUUUGGGGCUUCUAUUCCCUCCUCCUGGCCCAGAGCCUGCUUCUAAUAUAGUGCUGCCUCUCACAGAGGUGUUUGUAUUUGUUUACUCAGGGAUUGGUUAUUAAGGGUAUGAAAAACAUUAUUGAGUCAUUAAAAUUUCUGAAUUUUAA